AGUACCACGUGAUCAUAAUAAACUAGAAUGGCAGAGAAAAUUAGAACAAAGAAAAGCCAAAUUCAAAAUGUAUGUAAACAACCCAGCGAAAUAACUCAAGUCGAAGUUAUAAUAUAGAUAAUUAAAUAAUUGUUAUAUAGUCUCUAUUUUUAUGUACAUAAAUCAUUCGAUGUAACUAAAAUUUACUUGUGAAAUCUAUGUCGCAAUUGCGAAACUAUGUUUAUCAGCUGACGCUCACUCAGUAAAAUGCCUGUAUCUUUAACUUAAUAGUUAAAAUUAAUUGUUGGUCAUAAUGUCUUCUAUAUUAUAAAAACUUUUCAGAUUGGCGAACCCCCACCCUCCGUAACGUUAGAGGACUUCCAUGGAUUAGAAAAACAAAAUAGUCAAUCAGGCGAACCCGAUAACAUCUCAGUUGGUGUUGAGUCACUCGUCGUUGGCGUCCCUACUGACGAGAAAAAGACUUAUCCUUCAAUAUCUGAACAAGAUGAUAUCGAUGGAGAGGACUUAAAGUUAGAGAACUCCGCUGAAAUGGGAUCUGAAGCAAUUACAACCACUCACGAUAAUAUGGAAAUUGCAAAAGAGCGGAUGAAAGUUAUUAAACCAGCUUCAGCACCUUUUGAUUCGAUGCCGUUUGACGUUAUGAAAAUCACCUCAUUAACAGCGGCAGCUCAGUCUCUAUAUCCUAAACCUUCGCAUGAUCUCAUUACAACAAUGAGUCAUAAUAAUUCAAAAUACAUUUCUGAAAGAUGGCAAGAGGAUAUAGCUCUUAAGUGGUUAGAAUACGAUCCCGUUUCAGAUGGUGACGGUCAUUUACGCCAAUUAAUUGAGACUUAUGCUGCAGAAACAAAAAAGGCAAUAGUUUCUCAACAAGAAGUCGAAGAUAAAUUGAAACUAUCUAAAAAGGAACAAGAGUUAGUCUGGAAAACUGUUACAAGAGUGACAGAAAAAUAUGGUAAAUGCGCUGACGGAAAUAAUGUUAAAGUAACGCACACUUUUGAGAUAAAAGAAUUCGAUAAGAUUGCUUUUGAAAAGUUACAAUCCUCCUUAACUGAUUUACGUAAUUCAGCCGUUACAAAUGUUCAUAUUCACUCAGCUCGAAUCGCUCGUUUAGAGCUAGAUUCUCAUGUUUACGGUUUAUGUGUAAAUCCUCAUGCAGUAUAUAUUAAGAAUGCAAUAAAACAAUUUUGGGGAUAUACACGUUUUGGUGAAAGUGAUGUUGUACAUAAAGACGUUCGACGUUGGAUCAGUCUUCUUAUAACAGCCUGGCACAAUACCAUUCAAGACCCGUAUGAAGUGUUAGAGAUAGUUGAAUUGGCUGUAAGAUCUCAAGCUUCAUGGACAGCCAAUUUCAUUCAAGUUAACCCAUCGUAUAUUGAUUUAGUAAUGAAAUCAUUACAUAUCAUAACAAAAAGGCCUGAAAACAUGGAAAAGAGAGACGCUAGUUUAGAUGAGGAAUGGCUUAUUAUAGAUAAUCUCGGAGAGAUUGAAUCAAGGACUGAAAAAGUCCUCUUAGCAUUUCUCGAUCAAGUUCCUGUGAGGCAAUCAAUAUAUCAAAAAUUAGAUAGUGGUUCUUAUGAUUGUGAGGUUAUGAUGGCUUGCGUAGAACAUGUUUGUCAAAUAUUAGAAAAUGUUACCAAGGAAUACGAAUCGUGCGGUACAGCACAGGAAAGGAUUGCAGUGUUGUUAUUGCAACUUUCAAAAGUAAUCGGAAGUGACUGUCGUAUAAAGCAAAGUUCCAACUUCUCGAACACUUAUGACGCUAUCAUUUUGCAUUGCACCGAGGUGUUAAUGUCAACAAGAAGAUUAUGCAGAUUUUCGUCAUCUUUGCCAUUUAAUAACAUUUCACCCACUGCAGCGGCUAACUGCGCCUUCAUUAUCCGUAAAGAUGAUGUUACUCAGCAGAUUGAACGUCUAGAGGGACCCCAUUAUUUCUUAACUGCCUUGGUAAAUUUGUGUAAACAGCACCCAGUUCAAAUGGCUGCUGCCGCCUGUCUGGAUGUUGUUGAACUAUUUGUAUUAAGGGAAGAAGAAACAAAACUAGCUAUUACCCUUCUAUCUGAACUCAUAUCAACAAGUCCUGACAUUGUUUUGAAUACAUUGCUUCGCUUAUCUUUAAAAUUCCCAACAAAGAUGGCUAAAAUCUGGCACUAUAUCCCAGUGGAACCCUGGAGAAAUCUGGAAACAAAGCUAUUAGAGGAAUUAUUAGCUAUAGAUAAGACAGUUGGACAGAUGAUAUUAUCAAAAAUUCCCUGGAGAUUCUUAAGUUCGGAAUUGCAUUAUUGGGUCUAUAAGAUUCUACUUAAAGAGCUAUUUCCUCAAAGUUGGGUAUGGAAGGUUGCUGUUCAGCUUCAUUUUGUUCAAGUUCUUAGCUUGGAGAAAAUUGAAAAAACACUUCAUCUAGAUAAAAUGUUUCAUUUUAUAACUAAAAUUAAGGAAGGAGCAAUAACAGAAUCUGUUUUAGUAGAUUUAAUGGAAAUAAUGAAGUAUCUAUUGCAAGAUGGGCAUAUAAUUGCAGUUUUAAAAUGUCUAGACAGUUUAGACACCCAUAAACCAGAUUUUCCUAAGAAAUUCUCUUUGGAAAUCAUUAAAACACUAUUAAUAGAACCCGAAGCUUCAAAAUUGAUCAAAUCAAUUAUUGUUUCUCAUAUUAUACGCGAUCCAACAACUGCUGAUUGGUGGGUUAAAAUUAUAACAAAUAUUGCGGAUUGGUACGUCAUACCAGAGGUUAUGGAUGCCUUAGAGCUACUAUGCUCUGCCAUUUAUAGAUAUUCACCAACAAAAGUAUCUUUUUUCGACGAUCAUGUGAACAAUACUAUCCUCGAACAGCCCAAAGGCUUAAUAGGAUCACUAGCUUCAUGGUUUUCAUCUAAAACAUCAGUAUUUGACAAAAGAUUCUUUUUUGCAUAUUUCUGGUUGGGUGCUAAAAGUAAAUUAGAAGAAGAAAAAUGGAAACAUUUGAAUCAUAGCGAAAGUCCGAAGAAAAUACUUACGAAAUCUGGUUUAGAACGUUCAGUAAUAUUCGAAUUGGCAGAGAUAAUAAUUAUUUGUAAAGAUCAUUCCCUGACACCAAUUUUUUGGAGUGAACUAACAAAAUAUGGAACCACUGGAGCACUCAUACUCAAAACAAAUACUAAACUAUAUAAGAGGCUGAAGGACCGUUUAAGCACUUCAGGAAAUUCUGCUAUUGACAUGUUUAAAUGGAUAGAUAAUCCAAAGUUAAACAGAGUACCUGAAAUUCAUCAAAACUUUUCAUUCGCUGAUUUGGAUAAAUUAUUAGAUCAAACUAGUAAACCUUGGAGGAAUAUUGUUCAACCGAUGUACGAUCUCCCACCAACUGAUAAACCAGACAGAACAACUCCUCUUAGUCGUUUUAAGCUUCAUGUGGACACUGAAAAAAAUACGAUUAUAGCUUCGUACUCAUUUGAUUGGAGUCAGCCUCCAAUUGAGCCUAUUCCUUUUAAUAUUUUAACCAAUAAAGAUGCGUUGUUAGCAAGCUGCAGAUCGGAAAUAGGAAUUUUAACAGAUGCUGCUAGUAGGGCCAGUGGUAGGGCUGCAAAACUUGUUGUCGUGGAUAUGGAACUACUCGAGGAACUUCUACCAAAUCUGUUUUACUAUAUAAGCGAGAAAAUAACUGUUGCAAAGGAAUGUUCAAGUAUUUUGCCAUAUCGAUCAUGCUCAGGUGCCGCGGGCAUAAGCUUUCAAACUGAAAUAACUCAUGUAAGGGAUUACACUCAAAAAAGAGUGUCUGAUAAUCGUUCAGAUCAUUCACAUUUGAUAAUGGAAACUGUUGAAAAAUCAUCUAAGGUUGUUUGUUUAAGUGUUACCAAAUUAAACGCUGUAACGGCCAAUCUAGUACAUUUAAUCAAAACGACUGUGUCGGCCACCGAAAGAGAAGUUGCAGGUAGUGCUGCUAUGGAACUUUUGCAGCUUAUUUCAUUAUCUAUGUCAGACGAAACUGAAAUAUGGCCACCAACUAAUAAUCUUUUUGCAAGCAUUGUUGGUAAAUUGGGCGAAUCUGCAAUGUUGGCAGUUCCAAAUGGUCUUCAUCACAUAAUCAAGUGUAUACUUUGUAGGCCUAAAACUCUUUCCCCAUUACUUUGUUCGGCAUUUAAUGUCAACAAUGUCCCAGAGGAAUUUUCUAACUUUUACGAUGAAGUCGGCGAAAUUGGGAAAGCUUAUUCUCCCGAAAGUGCUCGACCUCUACUCAAUCGUUUUGACUUUGACAUUUGGCUUACGACCACACCAGAUAUAAAGCAGAUUAAUCGUAUUGUAAAAACAAUUGUCAGCGGUAUUAUCCACAAUCCCGAACUUUCUGGAAUUUAUUGCAUGCACGCAGCCAAAUUAACGUCUUUUGGUUAUUCCCAAGCUAUUGAUUCUUUCAUUCAGGCCUGUUCCAGAGGCGAACUUAAAGAUGAAGUUUGGCUACAUAUUGACAUUUCGAUCGGGUACAGAUUGAAUUGCUCAAAUGUCUUAAGAUCAUUGGAGUCGACAUGGCUUAGGCAGAGAUCAAGUGGCUCUAAUCUCUAUGACAUUUGGAGAAACUAUAUGAAGCAUAUGGCGAAACUUAUUAUGACGCUUCUAAGAAAUGUUGCUGAUAAGGACCAAUUAUUCGGCCUAAUAAACGGAGUUUUGUCACCUUGGUUAAUUGCCGAUAAAUCGAAAUCUGUUCCCCAACAACCAUACGAAAGCGAUGUUCACGUUCGUUACGCUCAGCUAAUGGCCAAAACAUACGCAGAGGCUAUUACUGAAUUCGAUUUAUUGCGGUGCGGUUGGAUGACGAUAUUUGAAUUGACUUCCGGUUGGACUGGAAACGUUCGUUCCGAUCUUCUACCAGUCUUUGAAAAUUUGACUUGGGAAAACUUUGACUUUGAAGACCAGGAAAUGUUGCAUACAUUAGUCGAAAUGCCAAGAUACUUUUUAUUGAAAGUUAUCAAUCGCUUGCCUCUGACGAAAUUGGCUACAAAUCCUUCUUUAUUGGGAGUAAUAUUACUUCUGUUUAAUAGUAUCUGUGCCGAGAAUACUCAGAAUCGUGAUGAUUUAUUUAAUUUACUAGUAAUUGCUCGUACGUGGGAUUGGUCCAAGGUGGCGAAUGAAGAUCUAAUCAAUUGUCUAAAAGAAUUUAAACGAGUAUAUUCAGCUGACUGUCUUUUAUCGGAUAGAACAAGUUUGCAUUAUGGUCUUUUGGAAUUAAUUUGGUCCGUUUGUCGCGUACAAGAUUCUUGUAAUUUUGCGAGAGAAUAUAUGACAAUAUUAGCUGAAUUUGUUGGUGAAAUUUCGAAGGAAGCUGAUAAGACGAGUAUUAUUUACGCAAACCUUUUACAAAAAGCAGAAAAUAGACCAGAAUGCAUACCGAAUUGUUUAUCUGCUCUUAACAUAUGUAAUCCCACCUCUGAAAAACAACUACUAAAUGUCGCAAUCGACUGGGCACGAGGUGGAACAAAUAUUACAACAGAAAUUGUUGACUCAGCUUGCAAGGGUUUAGCGUCUUUGGAAAGUACAUGUAGAAUUGUUGAAGCCAGCGCCGAAUGUGCCUUUGAAAAAAAUGGACAUACUUCAUUGGAUAGUCUUGCAUCAUUUUUCAGAACUCCUUCACUUGGUGAAUUUUCUGACGUUUGCAUAAAGAAUCAGUGUAUUCUAGUUCUAUGUCUUAUGGCUAAACGCGAAGAACCAGGUAGAUUUAUGGAAUCAGUUACUUCAUACACUAGAAAACUCAGGGAUUUAAAACCGGAAAAUGAACCUAAAGUCAUUCAACUAUGGCGUUUGGCAUUGUUGAAAAAUUCGAUGGAGUUCGCUCCCAUAUUAGAAGAAAUAGCUAAUGCAUCUACUCCGAAUUCUAUUCUUGUAACGUUACGUUUGAAGAAUGCAGCCCCCUUGUCUCAGAAGCUUAGAUUGUUUGCCUGCAUCUUAGCAUCAAGUUUGGGCAAGUGCGAACUAUCAGAUGUCUCCUUUGCUUCAAAUUUAAAGAACUAUGUUGAUUUUGGGAAAAGGCUCUUAUCCGAAAAUAAUAAGGGCUGUAUCGAAUGUUUACAAGAAUUACUCCCAGUUUUCUAUCCAGACUCACUUUACGCAUAAUAAAGUAGAGAUUACAGGACUAUACUAAAGCGCCCUCUACUACAGUUAAACCUUCCAAAAAUUGACAGACUGACUUGUAUCGUCUUAAUGGAAAAUUAAUGCUCGCAGAUUUCUAAGCUUCAAAAAGAUUUCUAUUUCAUAACCUCUGGUGUCUUCUUAAGUUUUCUCACUUUCUUUCUCUUCCACAUUUUGAGCUCUCUACAUGAAUUAUUUAUAAGCCAAUAGCGGUUAUACAUAUAUAUAGAAGUUGUCGUUGUUAAUAAAUGUAUGUUCAUUGAUAUGAUAGCCAAACACAAAAACUGAUGUUUGACACGAAAUAAAAACUUUCAUUUUUUUUUAGAUUAAAUAGUGAAUGUAAAAAAAAAACAAUAAAUGAAAAUAUGAUCAAUUUGAA